AUGGCGGCGCUGCUCGGCUCCACGUCUUCCCUCGCCUUGUUCGCCUCCCGGAACAGGACGCUCUCCGCCUCGUCUUCCGCCCCUUCCCUCACUUCCGGAGCCUGUAUGUGGAUGGAGACCUCCCUGAUAUCACAUUGAAUGAGCGAAUUCUCUCCUUGUUAUUUCGCACCAUCAAUCAUGCCAUUCUUGUUGCAGUCGUCAGUGAAACCCAUGUGAGGAGCUUCCACAGAAACCUGGGUGGCGGAGUGAAGGUUAGAAGAGGUAGACGUGAUUUUCGCGUGGCAGCAGUGGCCACAGAGGUCAGCUCCGUCGAAGAGGUGAGUUAAUUUUAUCCUUUUUGAUUGGUCGUAUCUCUGUUGUUCCUGGUUUUCCGAUAGAACCCUAAAGACAAUUUUCUUGCUCGAAAAUCCGUAGCUAAUCUUUGGAGAGAGAAUCCGUGUUCAAGAAUUCUAAAUUGCCUAUGCCUUAUUCUUCAGGCUCAGAGGCAGGCGGCGAAGGAGAGUCAGAGGCCUGUUUACCCGUUCGCCGCCAUUGUUGGGCAGGAUGAGAUGAAGUUGUGCCUUCUACUGAACGUCAUCGAUCCCAAGAUUGGAGGUGUUAUGAUCAUGGGCGACCGUGGCACUGGUAAGUCCACAACCGUCCGUUCCCUUGUCGAUCUGCUGCCGGAGAUCAGAGUUGUCGCCGGUGAUCCCUUCAACUCCGACCCUGAGGACCCAGAGUCCAUGGGCGUCGAGGUGAGGGAGCUGAUCCUGAAAGGGGAGAAACUGCCCACCAUGUGUACCAAGAUCAACAUGGUGGACCUCCCUCUCGGAGCGACAGAGGACCGCGUUUGUGGCACCAUCGACAUCGAAAAGGCCCUGACAGAAGGUGUCAAGGCCUUCGAGCCUGGUUUGCUCGCCAAGGCCAAUAGGGGCAUUCUAUAUGUGGACGAAGUUAACCUAUUGGAUGAUCACUUGGUCGACGUGCUUCUUGACUCUGCUGCGUCAGGUUGGAAUACGGUGGAGAGGGAGGGUAUCUCCAUUUCUCAUCCUGCUCGCUUCAUCCUAAUCGGGUCUGGAAACCCUGAAGAAGGAGAGCUGAGGCCCCAGCUUCUCGAUAGGUUUGGGAUGCACGCUCAGGUGGGGACUGUAAAAGAUGCUGAAUUAAGGGUUAAGAUCGUUGAAGAGAGGGCACGGUUUGAUCGAGACCCCAAGGGAUUCCGUAAAUCUUACAACGCAGAACAGGAGAAGCUCCAGGAACAGAUAUCAGCUGCACGGAGUACACUGGGAUCUGUUCAGAUCGACCAUGACCUUCGUGUGAAGAUUUCCAGGGUGUGUGCAGAGCUGAAUGUGGAUGGGUUGAGAGGCGAUAUUGUGACAAACCGUGCUGCCAAGGCUCUGGCAGCAUUGAAGGGGAGAGAUAAGGUGACAUCAGAAGACAUAGCUACUGUGAUCCCAAACUGCUUGAGACACCGGCUCAGGAAGGAUCCAUUGGAGUCAAUCGACUCAGGAUUGCUAGUCAUUGAGAAAUUCUAUGAGGUGUUCAGUUGA